GCAAGACGUAAACAAGGAAGAGAAUCGAAGCGCCGAGCGAACAGAGAUUCGUUUCGAGUUGAUUAAAAGUAAAUUCAGCUCAGUUAAAGUUUAGUUUUUUACGCGUUUAUUGUAUCCCGUCAUGUUGAAAACGUAUCAUAGUCAUAAACACUUUUAGCGAAUUAAUGGCGAAUUAUUGCUAGAAUGGAACCCAAACACAGACAGAUACUUCAGCGGCACAGGCGUGAUCUAGUCACGGCAUUAAAUCCUGCAGACAUCUGCGAUGGGCUUUUGUCAAAGGGGGUUUUCACCCAGGACAUGAUUGAUGAAAUACAGAGCAAGAUAACAAGACGUGGCCAAGCCAGGCAACUGGUGAUAAGCUUAGAGAUGAGAGGGAGUCAGGUUUUCCCAGCCUUCCUGGAGUGUCUGCGUGAAACCAGCCAACAUGACCUCGCAGAGCUCCUUCAGUGUGGAGAUGGUGCGUGUCUGCCCACUUCUGUGCCAGAACAGCCUUCACUGAUCCCUCUGCCAGUCGAGAAUCCAAAAUAUACUGAAAAACCAGACAGAUUUGAUUUUACUCCACCACGGUUAGUACCACUGAGACCAGAAAGCCUGCCUGUGCCCAAGCCUCUUAGCCCAUCUUCUGAAACUCAAGGGGUGAGACCAACCAGGACAAGACGUGACAGUAUACAGUGCUAUAAGAUGGAUGCCAGUCCAUGUGGGAUCUGCCUGAUUAUAAACAAUGUAGAUUUUGACCCAGCCUCUGAUCUAAAAGAUCGAAAGGGGUCCAACAUUGACUGCGACAAGCUGGAGAAAAGAUUUAAGGCUCUCAACUUUGAGGUUAUUGUAAAAAGGAACUUGAAAUACAAACGCAUAAGACAAGAGAUGGCAUUUAUAGCAAAGAGGGAUCAUUCCGCGUAUGACUGCUGUGUGGUGAUCAUCCUUUCACAUGGUACUGAGGCAAACAACAAUUGUUUUCCUGGAGCAGUUCAUGGUGUUGAUGGACCAUCUGUCCCAGUUCAGUUAAUCACAAACUACCUCAACGGCCAGAACUGUCCUUCUCUGCAGGGCAAGCCCAAGCUGUUCCUCAUCCAGGCCUGUGGAGGAGGUGAGAAGGACACAGGUUUUGAGGUUUCUCCAGAUGAGGUGGAGCCCUCUUUGGGUGGGAUAGAUGACCAGAUGGAUGCUAUUCCCAUAUCCUCCAGCAGUGACUCUCUCAGCACGUCUGAUGAAUUUGAUGCUCGGGCCACUUUGCCCACACCCAGCGACAUCCUGGUGUCCUACUCAACCUUUCCAGGCUAUGUCUCCUGGAGGGACACGCAGGCCGGAUCCUGGUAUGUGGAGAAUCUUGAUCGUGUGCUUGAGGAGAAUGCUGCCACAGAUGAUCUGGGGACCAUACUGAUGAUGGUAAACCAUGCGGUCUCCCAAAUAUCUGCCAAAGGCCUGUAUAAACAAAUGCCUGGAUCUUUCAACUUCCUCCGAAAACUUCUCUACUUUCAGUCUUCACAGUCAUGAUCACUUGAAGAUUUGUUUGUUUGUUUUGCUGCAGUGGGAACACUACCAUGUACUUGAUAUAAUGUGAUUAAGACAUAUUUGUCGUUUUUUAUGUCAUAAACUGAACCAUGUGAUCAGAACGUUUGACAAGAGUUUUUGUUUUUAACAUAAUCCUAUUAUUAGAAUUCUAAAUUUGCAAGCUGAAGGUAAACUUCACAAAUAUAAACCACUAAGAACUUGUAACUUAUUAUUUUUAUAAGUGCAAUUUGAUUCUUUUUUUAAUGUUGUAUAGUGCACAGCAGUAGGAGGACAAUAGACUUUUAAUGCACUUGUGGUUCAGUUGUGGUAUUUGACUGUGGUUAACUGUCACACUGUGUUCUUAAGAAAUAUCCAGUUGCAUACUGUGUAUCUUUUCUAGUGAAUAAAAGACAAACAAAAAUAUAAAAUGAAAAUUAUAGUUCCAAUAAUGAGUCUAAUACAGUGGCAAACAGACUCGUUUAGAUUUAUCAUGGGAAACAGAUAAGACACUCAGGAGAGGAAGGAAAUGAAUAGGUCCUCACACACUAACACCAAGAAAACAUAUAAGCAAAAGAACUGUUCGUGAGAAUGUGAAAGUGAAGCUAGGCCUAACAUGCUUAAUAGUAAAGUGAAUUUCGACAGAGUUAUUUACUAACUUGGUAAUAGGUAGGCGCCAUUUCUGUUUUUAUUUCCUUGUUUUGUGCUUCAUACCUUAGGAUGGAUUAAAUAAAUAGGAACAAUGCAUCUGCAUAAGCGAACUAAAAUGACAUGUGAUGCAAUCUGACCCAUACAAGCUCCUGUACGAGGAAAACAGAAAGGUCAUAAUGCUUAUUAUAGGGUCAAGGCACUUUAGAUGCAUCAGAAUCAAAGCGUUUUCCACUACUUAUGUUUGUCAUAGCAACCUUGUUAUUGUUGGCCUGUGUGGGAAGAUCUUCAGUGGAAGCCGCCACUUACUUUCAGAAUGACACAGGAGACCAACAGCCAUUACUGAGGUGUG